CGCGCCCGCCCGUCCGUCCUCUCACCCACCACGUCCCCCAACGCCCUCAUUCCCGUCGUCGAGGAGCUGUUCAGUGAGCCAUGGCGCUUCCCGCCUCCGCCUACAAAGAUCGCAAUUUUCUCGCCGUCAUUGGCGACGAGGACUCUGUGACGGGCCUUCUCCUCGCCGGCGUGGGCCACGUAACGGAGCCGCCCUCCUCGCAGCGCAACUUCCUUGUCGUCGACUCGAAGACGGAAACGCACCAGAUCGAACAGGCCUUCGACAGCUUCACCAAAGAGCGCAAGGACAUAGCCAUUCUUCUGAUAAACCAACACGUGGCAGAUCGCAUCAGACCCCGCGUCGACAGCUACACUCAGGCCUUCCCAUCACUGCUUGAGAUACCGUCGAAAGACCACCCGUACGACCCGGAAAAGGACAGCGUGCUGAGACGGGUCAGGAGGCUGUUUGGCGAAUAGACGUUCAUAUUCAUUCUCUAAGUGUGCAUGGAAUGGGUCACGUAUGACCCUCUUGUAUAUACGCAAUAGACUGGUAAAGAUGGAAAGCGAGGGAAGGUAUGGGCGCUAUUAAAGUAAAAAGGAGGGGCUGCCUCUCCAUCUCGCUACGUUGUGGUUUGAAAUGCGGCGAAAAUUCCCUCGCAAGAUCCACUCAUGCCGCUCUGUCAUUAAACUUGCCGAGCUAUAGAUGCACGUCGAGAUAAUGGACGACGUCAGACUGUCGUAUGUACAAGACAUCCAUCGUUGUUCGCGCACUCCCUUCGCUUCAAAUGGCUCUUUUGCGUAGAUCAGACAAAGCCUAAGCGCCUCCCACACCGCCAAAGGCAGCACCUAAGCCUCCAGCAGCAAAGCCACCAACGGCAUGUGCCCGACCGAGGCCGUUGGCACUAGCGGCAGCGGCGGCAGCAGCAGCAGUCAAACCGGU